UAUAUAAAACCGGCCGUGCCCUUGGGUCAUGCCGUCAUUCGAACGAUCCUUACCGAACCGUCAACACGCGCUCGUCCGUCGUUCGUUUUUUACUGUUUACAUAAUAUAAUAUUAAUUUUUUAAUCUCGUCAUUACGAGUUUCACUAUAUUACAUUAUUAUUAUUACCACAAUAAUAAUAUUAUAAUCGUCUCGCCGUUAUAUUGUGCGUGUGUGAGAUAUCGACAGUAAUAUUUCCGUCGAUAUUAUAAUUUAUUAUUGACAAAAAUAAUUAAGAGUGUCGUUUCGAAAAGUGUCAUAUAUUUUAUAUUAUAAUAAAAUAUACCGUGAUUGUUUCGACAUGCGUCCCGCCGCCGAACUCAGACCGUCAUACCGGGUUCAGAUGCACAUGCAAAUGCAACAGCAACAGCAACAUUACCAGCACCAGCACCAGCACCAGCACCAGUCUGGUUCCGAAUACGAUGAACAACCCGUGUCCCGGACUUAUCAAUACAGAAAGGUUAUGAAACCGUUGUUGGAACGGAAACGCCGCGCCCGAAUCAACCGGUGCCUGGACGAGCUCAAGGACCUGAUGGUGGUCACGCUACAGGCCGAGGGCGAGAAUGUCAGCAAAUUAGAGAAGGCUGACAUACUGGAGCUGACGGUCCGACACCUGCACAAGCUCAAGCGGCACAACGCGCUCGGUCUAACUGGCGUCGACUCAGUUUACGCCGACAAGUUCCGCGCCGGUUUCGCGCACUGUGCCACCGAGGUAUCCAACUACCUGACUGCCGACGUCCGGUCUCCGCCCGUCGACCCGUCCGCCGGUGUCAAGCUCCUGCAUCACCUUGGCUCUUGCAUGCGCAAAAUCGACGUCGACUCCAACCGGUCCGCUUCCGGUACGGCCGCCACUACUGCCGACCAGUACAGGCCGUACACGCCGCCGUCCACCCCUGGAAGUGAGCUCAAAGAGGACCCGAAUUCGGUCUGCUGGAGACCGUGGUAAACAAUAAUGUUGUUUAUUUCCGGUCGAAAAGUUGUUAUUUUGUUUUUAAUCUCUCGCAUCCCCUCUCCCCUCACCGUGGCCCCCGCCGAAGACUGAUAUGUUCGACCCGAGGUGGAGAUAUUGUAUAUCAUAUUAUAAUAUAUAGGCAGUUAUAGGUUUUAUAGGUAUUAUGAUAAUAUAAUUGUAUUAUUGUGAGAGUAUACGACGAUAGUUUGUUGUUCGCUCACUAUAUUAUUUAUUUUUUUCUCGAGAUAGUAUUUUAUAUUGUAAUUUUUUUUUCUUUUCGUUGACGACCAUUCCUUUCUGGGUAUAAAAUUUGUAUAAUGUGUACUAAUAUACUGGUUGCAGAGGAUAUGGCACUACGGCUAUUUACCAAAAAAUUCAAAAAUACCUCUUUCUUUGUACUUAUAUAUGUAUGUUGUAAAUAAUAUAUAUAUAUUAUAUCAUCGA